AUUACGAAGAAAGUGAAACGAACGACCAAAUCAACUUUUUAUCUUUCGUAAGGAACGUCCAACCCCGUUGAAGGUUCGUUGAUGUCAUGGAGGAGGAAGUGGAGAGAUGGGUUCAAGCAGAAGAAAGCGCAAAAGCAAUGCUUGGAAGGGUUUUCAAGGAGCGGCCAUUGUUGCUUCUUCGUCCUCCUUUUCAUAGGGUUCCUCUUCGCCCUGGCAACGUCGUUGAGGUCGUCGGCCCUUCUCCUUCUGCCAAAACCCACAUCUUAAUUCAGGCUGCCAUCAGUUGCAUUCUUCCUAGGGAGUGGAAUGGUGUGAACUAUGGAGGCUUGGAGAAGUUAGUGAUGUUCAUUGACUUGGAUUGCCGCUUUGAUAUUUUAUGCCUUUCACAAUCACUAAAGCAUCGUAUGAUGGAAGUUAGUGGAUCAAGAACCAAUGCUAAGUGGGAACAAGAUGAUGCUGGUCAUUCUAAUUGUAACUCAAAGAAAGAUCCUCAUGUUGGAUAUGACAAAGAAUUGUUUGAUGCCUGCAUGCGACGCUUCUUAUAUGUUCGUUGUUAUGAUAGUAUAGAAUUUCUUGCCAUUCUUAAGACAUUGCAUUUUCGGCUUCAAGAGGAAAGAGAAAGACAUGGCAUUGAUGUUCAUUUCCUUAUGAUUGAUAGCAUUGGGGCUUUUCACUGGAUUGAUCGUGCUUCAACAUCUUUGGCUGUCAUGGACAGUAGCAGGAAAAGUCACUCUCUUCAGUGUGUGUCCCAAACCAUAGUUCGGGAGAUCAGAAAACUUUUGCUGGUACAUCCCAUGCUCAUUUUAGUUACAAAAACAGCCAGUUUGGGGGAUAAAUAUUCAACAACUGAAGCAAACAGGAAUUCAGGACAAUGGUCAUCAGAAAAUACCACAGAUGGGAGAGCCACGAGGACUAGGAGGGGUCCUCAAAUACUUGCAUAUCGUGAAUACAUGCCUUCAGUUUGGCAGUCCUUUGUCACACACCGAGUACUUGUACGGGCCUCAGAUGAUGGAAGCCAGCACCAAAAUUGCCCAAUAUAUUUGUCCGAAUGGUUGUUGCCAUCUCUAAAUAUUUUGGACAAAUUUAUUGUCACAGAUGCUGGUGUCUCUCCUAUAUCAUAAAGUGCGCCCAUGUUAAAAUUGGAAUUUAUCUUGCUUCUAGUUUGCCAACUGUAUUUUCGUCCGCUCCUUGUCAUAAAAGUACUUGUUAGUUUGCUUCCACCAUAGAAAGGAGACUGCCACAUGAAAGAUAAGGUCAAGGGGCAAUUUGCCAAGGCUGCUUCCCGUUCCAUUUUAGAGCUGCCCAUGGUCAAGAAAACUUACACUAAGCACAAUCGAAAAAGAGAUGGUAUAUCUCUUUUGCUACCUUGCUUGAGAAGUGCUUAUUGGGAACGGGUAAUUAAAGGUUAAGGUGGUCUAAAGCGGAGAACCUCUCUCAAAUAGCAAACAGAGGAAUGAAGGCAUCAUGAGGGAAUUCCUAAGUUACGCCACACCAAUUUACUGCAUGACACCUUAUCACGUCGCACUAUAAUAGUAGUAAAAGCGAAUUUCAUAGAGAAAGCAACAUCCUCUUAGGACUUGCUGCUAUACAUCCAGUUGACCCAUCAAGCCUUGGGCAGGCAUAGACCUAUGGAUCUCCAUCAAAGCCUCUAUCUCCACAUUCAACCAUCGCAAAACACCCCCAUGAAAAAUUUCUACCACCAUCGUUUCAAUAGAAAUCCCCAACCCCGAGGUAACUAUCAAGAAUUAUAGUCAACAAGCACACCAAAUGGGCGGCAAUGAUCAUGCCAUAGAAACAGACCAUCCCCAAUCCUCCAUCUAAGAUGGGGCCGCACCACCUCCCUCAUUUGAAGAAGCUUCCACCAGUACCAUGGACACCAAUAUGGUACUCAAAGAAGCCAGACACCUACCCCCUGAUGUGAUACUUGUGGAUGCUUCAAAUCCAAUUAGAUUUCUCUUCACCUUGAAUAACACGCCAAACUAACUUAGACACCAAAACCUUGUUCCAAACAAACAAAGGCCGAAUGCCCUAACUGUUCGGUCCAAUCUUUUGAACGAAAGACAUCCCUCCAAGCCAUUUUCUACUUGUGAGUGAAGGAAUACUAGUAUGGUGGUGGGGUAAAGUUAAAAAUUUUGUGUAUUAAACAUAUACAGCAAAAGAAAUAAAUACACAUCAUACAUAUUUUGAAUAUUUAUGUAA